AUGGGUUGCAUCAGCUCCAAGAAUGUCUCAUGUCUGGCGGACCAGAGUGUCUCACCGGUCCAAGAACACGAUCCGGAACCGGACUUCUCCUCUACGAACCAGCAACAUCGAGUUUUGGUUGAUCAUUCGUUGGAGGGGAGUCAGAAUAACAAGCGGUCAAGGAAAUCGAGAAGAUUGGGCGGUUCUGAUUUAAGGAUUGGUGCAAGCCUCAUUUCCGGAUUGUCUCAUAAGAACAUAGAAGCUGAGCAAGCCGCUGCUGGUUGGCCGUCUUGGCUUUGUUCUGCUGCGGCUGAGGCUGUCCACGGUUGGGUUCCUUUAAAGGCAGAGGCGUUUCAGAAGUUGGAGAAGAUUGGACAAGGAACAUAUAGUAGCGUGUUUCGAGCACGAGAAGUAGGAACGGGGAAAAUGGUGGCUUUGAAGAAGGUAAAAUUUGAUAAUCUUCAACCAGAGAGCAUUAGGUUCAUGGCAAGAGAGAUUCUUAUUUUGCGCAAACUCAACCAUCCUAACAUCAUGAAACUUGAGGGCAUAGUCACGUCUCGGACAUCCAGCAGCAUUUAUCUUGUUUUCGAGUACAUGGAACAUGAUCUUGCCGGUUUGUCCUCUAAUCCCGACAUUAGAUUUACCGAGUCACAGAUCAAAUGUUACAUGAAGCAACUACUUUGGGGACUAGAGCAUUGUCAUAUGCGAGGCGUAAUACAUAGAGACAUUAAGGCAUCAAACAUCUUGGUGAAUAACAAAGGAGUCUUAAAGCUUGCAGACUUUGGGCUAGCAAAUGUGGUCACACCUAAGAACAAAAACAAUUUGACAAGCCGUGUGGUGACCUUGUGGUAUCGAGCUCCUGAGCUUCUUAUGGGAUCUACUAGUUAUGGAGUAUCUGUCGAUUUGUGGAGUGUGGGAUGUGUUUUUGCUGAGAUUCUCAUGGGAAAACCAAUCCUUAAAGGCAGAACCGAGAUUGAACAAUUGCAUAAGAUCUACAAGCUAUGUGGAUCUCCACCGGAUAGUUUCUGGAAAAGAGCUAAACUUACUCAUGCAACUUCCUUCAGGCCUCAACAUACUUAUGAAGCUACUCUCAGAGAAAGAUGCCACGAGUUAUCAACGACUGGUGUUUUUCUAUUAGAAACUUUACUCUCAAUGGAACCCGAAAAGCGUGGGACUGCUUCAUCUGCACUUAAUUCCGAGUAUUUCUUGACGAGGCCUUAUGCGUGUGAUCCUUCUUCAUUGCCUAAAUAUCCACCAAACAAAGAAAUGGAUGCUAAAUAUCGCGAGGAUAUGCGCAGGUCGGAACCCCUCUCUUUACAUGACACGUUUGAGGAUAAGAACAUACUAAAUGAGACAUCUCGAGCCACAAUAACAACACAUGGAAAUUACUACAAACUCUCGGACCUCCCAAUGACGACAGAUCCGGCAAGCGGUUUUGCGUGGGCGGUGAAAAGACGGAAAGAUCCUGAUAAUAUCUCCACUCUUACUUACAAUCAACCCAGCUCAAGAAGCCAAUUGAGCGGAACAAGCGUCGCUUUUGCUAGAAACACUUUCGGUUUGAAUCUGAAACCAGACAAUGAGUCAGUUUGGGAGAUUCAGGGAGACAAGGAUGAUCAUGAUAUUGAAGAGGGUCCCAGUGAGACCAAGCUUAGCCGUAUUGGUGAACGGCACGGAUCACUUGAUGGGUCUGGUUUGGAUUUCAGCCAAAGAGAGGAUGAUUCUCCAGAGAAAAAUUUAGAGCAUCUACAAUUUGGAAAACAGAGCAUAUCAGGACCAUUGAUUUUUAAAUCAGGCAAGAUCGAUGAAAUUCUGCAAAGGAAUGAAAGUAAUAUCCGGCAAGCUGUCAGAAAAUCACACUUCCAAAGAGGUACGUAG